GUUCUGCACAGGCACUUCGUGGUCUGCUGGGGCAGCAGGGGUGUCGGCGCAAGUGUGGGUAGUGGGUAGGCAGUUGCCUCUCAGUGUGACUUCGCUCGUAGCAGUGAGAGUAGUGCGCUUCCAUGUGCCUCUGAGUGCGGACAUUGCUGUGUUUUCCGCGCGUGCGAGGAAUUUUGUGCACGGGACACCGCGGGUAGGCCCGAAAAGGUGAUCGUGCAAACGACAGUGCCGGCAGCCUACAGAGCACCGCCACAAUGACGGAAUAUAAACUAGUUGUCGUCGGCGCGGGUGGCGUGGGAAAGAGUGCCUUGACAAUCCAGCUCAUACAGAACCACUUUGUGGACGAAUACGACCCGACAAUAGAGGACUCCUACCGGAAGCAGGUGGUGAUUGAUGGAGAGACAUGCCUCUUGGACAUCCUCGACACUGCAGGUCAAGAGGAGUACAGUGCCAUGAGGGACCAGUACAUGCGGACGGGUGAGGGCUUUCUGCUUGUCUUCGCAGUCAACAACGGCAAGUCAUUCGAGGACAUCAGCAUGUACAGGGAGCAGAUCAAGAGGGUGAAAGAUGCAGAUGACGUGCCCAUGGUCUUGGUAGGCAACAAGUGUGACCUGCCGACGCGGGCAGUAGACAUGAAGCAGGCGGGCGAGGUUGCGCGCAACUACGGCAUCCCAUUCAUCGAGACCAGUGCCAAGACCAGGAUGGGGGUGGACGAUGCCUUCUACACGCUCGUUCGUGAAAUUCGCAAAGAUCGUGAGUGGAAAGGCAAGGACAAGAAGCGACAUCGUAAGGAAGGUCGCAAGAAGCGCUGCUUCAUCUUAUAGGACGGGUGGGCGCAUAGCUACCAAGGACAUCGUUGGACCUUUGUUGCCAUACCAGCAGGAGAGGACAGCCUGUUGCAAACUGUUAGGGAUGUGCAAGGGGGUACCUUUUGGGGUAGCCAGCUUGCAGCAGACUGGAGGACUGGCCACGAUGUGUGCUCCGCCGUGUGUCUCACAGCGACCCUGUUCUAAUUUGUGCUGUGUUUAUCUGUGUCGUCCACUUCACGGGCGGUCUAGUAACGUGGAGCAGCAGGUGCUGCAUUGUCUUACAUUUUCACCACGUGCAUGUUCAGUUGGAUGUUGCCUGCCUCUGACAAACUUGUUAACCCCCUUUUCCUAUGUGUCCCCAGUUUAUCGAGCCAUUUUUUUUUGUGCUGUCUCUCUGUCGGGCUGGUUUCUUUUAGCUUCUCACCCGCCAGAGUACCUUUCUGUGCUUUGUGGUGGGUUCUUAUGCAUCCUGGUUGGUUGCACACUGUUGGCUGGGGGCGGGCGAUGUGAUGCUCCAAGCUGGCCCUCGUGAUGCAAAGCCCUGCUCCUAGUGCUUCCCAGGUGAACGCCAACGGCUAACUUUUGGAAUUGAGUGCGCAGCAAACUCUGGCCUCGGCACAUCUAACUGUGAAUGUUUGGUCUUGACUUCUCUAGUGUUUGUCCAAUAAUGUAGCCAACUGUUUGUUCCUAAUGUUUAUUUCGGUUACAUUUUCUGCCAUGGUGUGAAGCUCUUGCCCUGGCAGAGCUAACUGUAGCUGACUCAUGGUGCGAAGCAAUUCUUUGUGUGCACUUUGGCUUACCCAAGCGUUGUUGCUUUCUCGGCCGUUCCACGCCUACCACGGUGGCAGCAGUAGCUUUUAAUUCAUGCCUCUGACCUUUUGGUGGCUACACAAAAACGAUGCAUUGGAAUUGCAUGAUGAUUGCCAAAGCUGGUAAGACUCGACAAACCAAAGCAUGUGAGGGAUGUGAUGCCAAGACCUACCAGGUCUCGCUUAGUUCGUAUGCUAGUGUCACAAGCGUGAAUGCCUGGCUUUGGAUUUACUGCCUCUUCCCCUUUCUUGAUUGCUGUUGUGUGUCAAUGGCAUGGCAAGGGUUCAUGACAUUUAAAUGUGUGCACGAUGCCACUCCUGUCAUUGUUUCAUGCCGUUGGAAUCGAGUCAUACAGCACAAGCCUCACUUGUAUAAACUGUUUUUUAACACUA